GGUGAACACAAGCGACUGGACAACAACUUCAAGCAUAAUGGGGCUAACCGAAGUCAAACGAAGAUUUCUGGUAUUUUUUCUUUUCGUUUUAAUUUUGCUAACAAUUCUACUUCUGGCAAGCUACUUCACCCCUGGAUGGUGGAUUAUUAAAUAUGUUCAAAGUGAGAGGCUUAAAGACAAAGUGACAAUUGGUUUGCAUCGUGCAUGUCAUAAAGAUUAUGUCAAACAAAAGGACUCAUGCAAAAAGCAUGACCAAAAAGAUUCUGGUAUUACAGGUCUCAAUGCAAUUCGCGGGCUUUUGUUAAGUGCUAUCGUGUUAUGCUUUAUUGUUACUGUGAUUGCGAUCGUGUUAACUCUCAAUCAAACUAUCAAAAGACUACUGUGGAUGAUUGGAGUUGUCAAGAUUUUGACCUGGCUAAUAUCUGGUUUAUUAAGCAUUUGCAUUGGUUUAUCUCUAACUGACCGGACAAAUCCAAAACCUCCCAAAUGGAUCGAUCAAAACAUUAGUGGAAGCACUUCGAUCGAAUACGGUUGGCCAUACAUGACGACAUGCAUUGGAGUCAUUGUUGCGUUAACAUUAGUAAUUAUCGUAACUUGCCUACUUGGGUUCACUCUGAAAUAUCACUCGAAGUAUUCUAAUUUAAAUGUGGUAAGUGCAACCACGCCAUCCACGAAAGUAGUUGAGCAUUUUGAUUGGGACGUCAAUUUUGCUGAAUUCGAUGCAAAGAAAGGAAGAUAUUUUGGCCGAGCAAUAAGUGAUGAAAGCAAAUUCAACAAAAAUGCAAGAGAUAAAAUUCAAUUUACUUACGAGAAAAGAGGCCUAUCAAUACAAGAACAUCAUCAAAUGGAAAUGCACGGAAGAAGAAACUUAGCAAGCGGCAUUGGAAAGCAGUCUUACUAUCAACCUCAAAGUUCAGCCAAUACAACAGAAAUCAAUUAUGCUGACCCUAAAUUUAGGCAAAGUGGAGGAGUAAUAAAUACAAUUGAAGCAUCGGAUUCUGGUGUCCAUUCCAACGAGGCUUCCAGCAACAAUAACCCACCAUCAAUGAUAUACCGUUACAACAGCUGUGCAGGUCCUGCUGCAUGGCGCACAGUAACCAACGUAGAUGCUUGGAAGCCGUCAACUUAUCUUAAUGAAAAGCGCACAAGGCAACCGACGUUUAUCAAUCUUUUAACCAACGCAAAUCAAAGUUUUCAACAUCAUCAGACAGCGAUAGUUAAUGAAGAUCAAACGAAUCAAUCUAAUCGCCUCCACUUACAAACUUCGUACAAAGAAACACAGCCACUAGUAUCUCAAUUAUCUCAGCAAGGGGAAGUAUAUAUAGACAAUAACUAUGAACAAAGGCGUGCAAGAAAGAACAUCAUUGUCCAAGGAGUUGCAACUGAGCGAAAUAUUUUUAACGUUGCGUAUAAAAAUCAUGGCUUUCCACAACCAGACUAUUCUUAGGUCAAGGCAGACUUACAAUGAUAACGAGUUGUACAAUCGUUUUUUAACUUUUCAUGGAAUUGUGUCUUUUGGUUUUAGAGUUUACCAAAAUAAGCAUAUAUGCGAAGACAAUUACCAUGUUGCUAUGUAUUUAUAACGAUUUUACUAAAAUCUCAAAGCUCUAAAAAAUUUCACUAUACUUUUUUUGUAUUGUUAUUGAAGA